AUGUCUCAUCCACAGCCCACGUCACAGAGCUCGCCUUUCUUGAACAGUCCCUCUUUGGGCAGCGGUCGCUCCCCUCACCUUUCUCCAAGGACCACCGGCCCAGAUGUUCAACCAACUGAGGAACCGAGGCACGACGCGGAUACAGGUAGCAGAUCGGGCUCGAACAAACCUAAGCGGAAGAGAAAUCGGCAUCGGAAGCGUCGAAAUCGCAGACAAUCCUUUCUCGCACCGGAAGACUCACAGCCCGGCGCCCCACCUACAGUCCCCGAAAACGAGGCCUUGAAUGUGAUGGCGGGGAACCAGGGCAGACCGCAGGGUUCCACGCCAUUCUACAAGCUUGGAGGGAAUCUGAGCAAUACAAGUCUGGAAAGCGAAGCGUUGCUGGAUCAUCGGAAUCAACCGAUGAUGAGACCCCGAAGAGAGAGCCGUCUAGGGCAGUCAUUUCGACCUGGUUCAAUGUCGAAUUCGUUUCGCAAUCCCGACCCCAGCCCUCGCAACUACCUAGAUCGCAGCCACAAUUCGUACGCAGACGAUAGCGAACACGACGAGCCUGAUGAUCGUACACCGUUGAUGAGGCCUUCUUCCAGUCAUACGGCGACACAGCUACGAUACGGUGCCGACUCCAAAUCCAGUCCGUUUUCGUUCCGGCGUCGCCGAUCUGCUCAGUCUGGUUCAUCUGGACAUUCGCCCCGCGAUGUACCCAGCCAUGAUGUUAACAACCCUCCUUCAGUUCCCGGAACCCCCAAGCAAGGGCCUGAUUUGGGGUACAACGAUGCUGUCGUUACAGGGGCGGAGUAUAAUUUUGAUAUCGGCAGGGAUCUCAAUGAUCGGUUUGGCUCAUCCCGGCCAAAGGACAUGGUGAUUGAUGUGGAGGGCACUGCUCAGCGGUCUAAAAGCUCGCCGGGGUCCGUUGCUUCUUCUCUACAGCGUACCCCUCGGGAAGGGCUCCAUCGGCGGUUUACCGUCCCGGCUGAGGAAGACGUUUGCUUCCCGCAGGAGGACGCCUCGGAAGUAGCAGAGUGUGCUCCAGCUCUAACGCGAGGAGACGAGCGGCGCAGGCGACGAGACAAGGAGUGGCCGGAUUUGUCUGUCUUGGAGGACUGGAGCCGUGUAGAAAAGGAAGACCGGACGGGUGUCCUUCGCGCGAAAAAGAUCAACGAACCGAUGCUGGUUGAAGGCCGCCUUCGUCCACAGUACCGAUUCUGGCGGCACGAGGAGGACGAGGCACCGUACCGAUUCACUUAUUUUAACGAGGAGUUCCAAAGCACCAUCCAUGCACAGACAAUUUCCGAGUUGGUGCCGCCAGGAGGUAGCUUCCGCGACCUAUUCAUUCCAGAUCCGCCUGAGCUUGAGGACUCCUCGGACGAGGAGGAGAGCGAUUCAGAACACCGCCCGAGUGAAACCCCAACAAAUGGUCAGCGUAGUUCGAAUCCCAGUCCGGGCACUAGGACGGCGACUUCUUCCAACAAUCACGAAACACAUCACUCGCCGGACCCGAGGGCGCACUUUCGAACCUCAAUCAUAAGCGAGGCCAUGUCGGAAGGGCGGGCAUCAACCGAUAUUGGCCAAGAUCAUCCCCAAGCUCCCCCAAAAAAGAAGCGAUACGGACCUCGACCGACAUUCUGGCUCGACGUUACUUGUCCGACUGACGCGGAAAUGCGGGUAAUUUCGAAAGCCUUCGGCAUUCAUGCUCUGACAGCGGAAGAUAUCAUGAUGCAGGAAGCACGUGAGAAGGUCGAGUUGUUCCGAAACUAUUACUUCUUGAACUACCGGACCUUUGAGCAAGACCCGAACAGCGAAAACUAUUUACAGCCAGUGAAUAUGUACCUCGUUGUGUUCCGCGAGGGCAUCCUGUCCUUUCACUUCUCGCAGACACCGCACCCGGCGAAUGUGCGACGGCGCAUCCGCCAACUGAUGGACUACUUGAUUUUAAGCUCGGAUUGGAUCUCAUAUGCGCUUAUUGAUGACAUCACCGACGUCUUUGGUCCUUUGAUUCAAGCCAUUGAGGAUGAGGUCGAUGAGAUUGAUGAGAUGAUCAUGCACAUGCACUCUGACGAGGCGCCUUCGAAGGAGGAGAAGGAACAGCCUGUAGUUCCCGGUCCAGGCGAGAUGCUGCGGCGCGUGGGCGUGUGCCGCAAGAAAGUGAUGGGGUUGUAUCGACUGUUGAGUACCAAGGCAGAUGUCGUCAAGGGCUUCGCCAAGAGAUGCAACGAGCAUUGGGAGGUGGCGCCCAAAUCGGAGAUUGGUCUGUAUCUGGGCGAUAUUCAAGAUCACAUUAUGACCAUGACCAGCAGCUUGACCUACUACGAAACGCUCCUGUCACGCGCGCACAGCAACUACCUGGCGCAAAUCAACAUCCUCAUGAACGAGCGACAAGAACAGACCGCCGAUGUCCUGGGCAAGCUUACCGUAUUAGGAACUAUAGUUCUCCCCUUAAACAUCAUUUGCGGUAUGUGGGGGAUGAACGUGAAAGUACCUGGCCAGGACGUGGAUAGCCUGACAUGGUUCUACUCGAUCACGGGCGGUCUAGUCCUUUUCGCGUUCUGUUCAUUCCUCAUUGCGAAGCGGGUGUACAACAUUGUUUAG